GCGGGCCCUGAGGGAGCCGGAGGCGGCGGCGGCAGCGGCGGCGAUGUCGGUGCAGGUGGCAGCCCCCGCCGUGGAGCUAAAGGAGCUGAGCGGCCCCAUGGAUAAAGCAGCGGGGCCACCGUGUGAGCCGGUGACCGCUCACCCUCCCGGGCACGCCGUGGCAGCCGCUCAAUGCUCGCUGCCGGCCACCGAGCGUGAGGCGGCCCCGGCGGCGCCGUCCUCCUCUUCUUGUAGUGGCGGCGGCGAGAGGCCUCCGUUGAGUGGCUGCCCCGGGUUAUCCGCCGCUGGUUUGCCGCUUGGCGCUGCCAAGGUGCCGCAGGCUUCGGCCAUGAAACGGAGCGACCCGCACCACCCCCAGCACCGGCACCGAGACGGCAGCGACAACGGCAGCGGCUCCGCGGCCGAGGCGCUCGUCAGCCCCGAUGGCACCGUCACCGAGGCGCCGCGCACCGUUAAGAAGAUCCAGUUUGCUGACCAAAAGCAAGAAUUCAACAAGCGCCCGACGAAGAUUGGCCGCCGCUCGCUGUCCCGCUCCAUCUCCCAGUCCUCCACAGACAGCUACAGCUCAGCUGCCUCCUACACAGACAGCUCUGAUGAUGAGACCUCCCCCCGAGACAAGCAGCAGAAGAACUCCAAAGGCAGCAGCGACUUCUGCGUCAAAAACAUCAAACAGGCAGAGUUUGGGCGCCGGGAGAUUGAAAUUGCUGAGCAAGAAAUGCCUGCCCUGAUGGCUUUGAGGAAGAGAGCUCAGGGAGAGAAGCCACUGGCUGGGGCCAAGAUCGUGGGCUGCACGCACAUCACAGCUCAGACAGCGGUCCUGAUGGAGACUUUGGGCGCCUUGGGCGCACAGUGCCGAUGGGCUGCCUGCAACAUCUACUCCACCCUUAAUGAAGUGGCUGCUGCCCUUGCUGAGAGUGGGUUCCCUGUCUUUGCCUGGAAGGGAGAGUCCGAAGAUGACUUCUGGUGGUGCAUCGAUCGCUGCGUCAACGUGGAAGGAUGGCAGCCCAACAUGAUCUUGGAUGAUGGAGGAGAUCUCACUCAUUGGAUCUACAAGAAGUACCCCAACAUGUUUAAGAAGAUCAAGGGGAUCGUAGAGGAGAGCGUGACUGGUGUCCACAGGCUGUACCAGCUGUCCAAAGCAGGGAAGCUCUGCGUCCCAGCCAUGAAUGUCAACGACUCAGUCACCAAGCAGAAGUUUGACAACCUCUACUGCUGCAGAGAGUCCAUCCUGGAUGGCCUUAAGAGGACCACGGACAUGAUGUUUGGAGGAAAGCAAGUGGUGGUUUGUGGCUACGGGGAGGUCGGAAAGGGCUGCUGUGCUGCUCUGAAGGCCAUGGGCUCCAUAGUGUACGUGACAGAGAUUGAUCCAAUCUGUGCCCUGCAGGCCUGCAUGGAUGGAUUCCGGCUUGUGAAGCUCAACGAAGUCAUCAGACAAGUUGACAUCGUCAUCACCUGCACAGGCAACAAGAACGUGGUGACCAGAGAACAUCUGGAUCGGAUGAAGAACAGCUGCAUUGUCUGCAACAUGGGGCACUCCAACACCGAGAUUGAUGUGGCAAGCCUGCGUACACCCGAGCUGACCUGGGAGAGGGUGAGGUCCCAGGUGGACCAUGUCAUCUGGCCUGAUGGGAAGAGAAUAGUCCUUCUGGCAGAGGGUCGUCUGCUCAACCUGAGCUGCUCCACUGUCCCCACCUUCGUCCUGUCCAUCACUGCCACCACACAGGCUUUGGCAUUGAUAGAACUGUACAACGCCCCUGAAGGCCGCUACAAGCAAGAUGUCUACUUGCUGCCGAAGAAAAUGGAUGAGUAUGUGGCCAGCCUUCACCUCCCAACCUUUGAUGCCCACCUGACAGAGCUAACGGAUGAGCAAGCAAAGUACCUGGGACUGAACAAGAAUGGACCUUUCAAACCAAACUACUACAGAUAUUAAAAAAGUUCCUUCAGCUGCAGUCCUGGAAGAUCCUGAGGAACAAGAACCCAAAUCUCUUCUCAACUCGUGUACAGGAUGCAACCUUGCAAGCUUGCUAAGCUGCAGCCCAGGCUUGCUCUCGUAGUCAACAGUGUGGUUAGGUUAUUUAUUUAUUAAACUAGAGUUACCCGACACGCCGCCUCUGCCACCGGUGUCCCCGCUGCCACGGGGCCGGCACCUGGGGCGUUCCUCGCUCCUGACCCAUUUCCUUUCGGUUUUGCUCUCUGGGUUUGGGUUUUCUCUUUAUUUUUGGGAGGGGGAAAAAGGGGACUUGAGAGGAUGGGAGAAGGUGUGGAGAAGAACCUCGUGGAAUGGGAUGGCUGCCGCAGUGGCGGCAGCUCCACGUUGGCACCACCAAGGCGUCACGCGUGGUGGGAGCCCACCUUCUUCACAGCCCAGUGGGAUCUCAACAGCUUGAGUCUGGCCAGGUUUGAGCUUCUCCCACCAUCUCACAAUGUUGGUUCAAAAGCUGCUUUGCUCCAGGUGCUCCUAACCCACCAGGAAAAUCCUGGUGGAGAGACCUCUGGGAAUUCUGCUUGAAAUGCCCAUGGGAUGGUUCCACCAGCAAGUUGGUGAACUUGGCCUUAGCACCACUGAAAGCUGUAAUAAAGGGGCUGGUUGCUUAGUGGGAGCUUGGAGGAGAAGAGAGUGUCCCCUCAGAGACAAGACAUGGUGGUGGUGAUGGUGGGGUAGUACCCACUGCUGCUCCCUUCAUCACAGCUUGGUGGUGUUCUCCUGCUGCUUACAUUACGAGUGCCAACCUCCUAUGGUUCAACCAAAGUCAUGGUGGGGCUCUGGGGCAGUCUUGGUGGGAGAGCCUUGAAACCUCACCAAGAAAUACUGAUGAUGUGUUGGGGAGCUCUUCCCAACCCAAGUAGAGCUCAUUGGCCAGCCCAGCUGGGAGGACCAUGUGAGCUCUUUCUCCAGCCUCAUUAGAAAUCUUUGGAGCUUUAUUUUCUGGGUGAUAAAAUUGGAAAUCUCCUUGGAGUGGGUGAGGUGGACACUGGAGUCAUCCCCACCCUGAUCCUCCAGGUGGGGAGGAGUUCAGCAGCACUGAACCCCUUCUGCCACCUCAAAGCUUGACGCACCAGAGCUGAUGGAGAACAAAUUGGCCACAAUUCCUCCUUUUUAACCCAGAAUGUCCCACCUGAAUGCUGCAGACAGCAGCAGGUCUCCAAGUCUCCAUGUGCUGUCACUUAGAUGGCUCAUAUGGAGAACGUGGUCCUUCUAAAACAAAACUGUCCGACCCCCGCGCGCACAAAACCCUUGUCCUGUGGUUGCUGCUUUGGUGCUUGAGUCCCUCAUCAGCUACAGGUUCUUCUUUGGUCCUCAUGGACAUCUUUGCCAUCAUGGAAAAACGCACAAGAAAGGAGAAACUCUGGAAUUAUGGUCUUGGUGGUCAAGUCCUUCUCAUGGCUCUUGAUGCUGAGGUCUGAAGUCUGUUUGACCACAGGUCUCACAGGUUUGCUUAUUCCAAGGUUCACUUUGAAAUGUCUCAAAGCCUAGAAGUAAGAUCUUGACAAGAUCUUUGAGGAGACCUUAGAGCUCUGAGGAGACUGAGACCUUAGGGCUGUGAGAAGGCUUUGUGGAGACUUGGAGGAGACUUUAAGGAUGGGUAAGUCUCUUGAGGAGACUGUAGAACUUUGCAAAGGCUUCGAGAAAACGUUGAGGAGACUGUAGGGCUUUGAGAAGGCUUUUGGAAGACUUUAAUGCUUUGAGAAGACAUUGAG